UUGGCCUCAAGACGGUGACCAUCGUAUGGCGUUAUGUAUGACGCUAGUCAUUCUGUAAGCAUACGUGUCAGUACGAUCGAGUCAUCGACGGCUGUAUUAUCCGACGCAGAAGGGACAAGGAAAACGCCGAGUCGAAGAGAUCUUGAAACUGCGUGACUGUCGGAGACGAACUGACUUUUACACGUUUCGCGAACCAGGAGGUAUCCCCGCGGCUACAUCGUCGACGAACCUUCGAAUGUGCAUACGUCAUAGUAGAGCCAUCGGUUUUUCAUCGAACUGACAAGAAGCAGCGUGCACCCUCCGUUCUCAACUGUGCGUUCCAGAACAAAACGCCGCUUCCGGACCGAGCUUAGACGCCAGGAUCAAGAGUAGCAUCCUCCUCGGGUGACAAUACACGCACGCGGAAGCCAUGAGCGCGCCAAGCAUCUCAACCAGCUCCCCGAUCGCGUCGUCCCUGCUGCCGCUGCUGCUGUGGUCCGUGCACGGGACCACAUGCAUGACCGUCGGCGAGCCGUCGCCGACGGGAAGCGAACGCGGCGAGCACGUUCGGCACGGGUCGCAGGAGCCGCAGCUCGUGAUACAGCUGCUCGAGUACGUCACGAGCUCGUACGAGAUCGAACAGCCUCCGCCGUUCGUGGUCACCAACACGACCAAGAUGACGCUGUCUCACGCCGUGAAAUCGGUGAACCCGUUCCUACUGGUCGCUCUGGUGGUCACCGCGCUGCUGGUCCUGCUCCUGGGCUUCGCGUACGUGACGCGCAAGAGCGACACCGAGGACCCGGACUCCCCCGCUGGCAGACAGCAGCAGCGAGACGCCAGCGCCGCGUCGCGCCAGAACGGCGCGUUCGAGCAAGACACCGAAGGCACAGACGCGUGCCCCGCGCAGCCUCCGUCGUACGAUGACGUCGUCAAGGUCCCGUGGACCAUAUGGGCCGCGACGCAGCAGGGCGUCUUCACGCAGGGCUCGGGCGCCACGCCGCCGCCUUCGUACGAAGACGCGCGAAGAACCUUCCCGUUCCCCGAGUGCGCGCAGUGAUGACGUCACGACGUGGUCGGAUCUGACUCAACGGAAGUCGUCAGCUCUCGUCUGCGACGACACCGGUACGACGUCUCAAUUCGAGUAGGAAACGCUGCAAUGGCGUCAUUCACAACGCCGGGCGGAUGUGCCCUCUCACUCUCUCUGCCAAGACGCUCGUAAGAUGUUCCCGCUCUCAUAGGGUACUGCACUCUGACGUCAGGGCACUGACGGAUGUGACGCAACGGAAAUGGCUCCACACCCUAUCCCUCUGCAAGAACGACAGGAUGACGUUUCUGCUUGUAGUAGUGUGCAUCCAGUUUCGACGUCAUGGUACGGAAGGAUGCGGCGUUGCAAAACUUUUUCGUUCUCAAAGCGACGGCGCUAGGAGGUUGUGUUCGUUUAAGGAGUUGGCCACGACACGUGCUGAAGUGUCUUAACGAAAACGCCGAGUAGAUUCUGCAGUUAUCGUUUACGUAACAACAGGCGGCGACGUGCCAAAAUUACCUCCUCGUGCCAAAAAAAAGUCACCCUGCUUGCCAGAUCAUGGAAACGUCCGCGCUCGACAGCUAGGUUAAGGUGGACGAGUCUGCGCGAUGUUGCUACUCGAGUGUGUACCUGCUUUUAGAGUCUCUUGAAGAGAACCAGCGUGCUUAGGAAAUGCUCUUUAGGACAAAUGUGUGAUAGGAAAGAGCGUGUGUUGUUCGUCGUGUUUCAGCACCUGGACGAGCGCGAGAUGCGACACCUCCGACCAGGAAGACAAACUCUCACUAAAGCUGGGACAUCUAAACGAGCAUGUUCAGUACUGAUGAUUCGAACGCCAGAGCACGUGGGAUCCAACACGUGACCGUGAGAAGACCGCGCGCACCUGCAAGGCCCGAGUUGCCGAGGACCGCCGAUACAGCUUUGUCAGUCAGACCAUAAAUAUGUACUUUUUUUUCUUCCCCGCAGCUGUAUAAUGAAGUACAAGAGUCUCACUCAUGCAAGCCGUGUCAGUCGCCUCGGCAAGCAACCACUUGUCGAAUCAGCGCCGUAGUGCCUGCCACGGAAAUGUUUGAAAGGCUUCACGCGCAAGAAAGUGCACGAUGCCUUGCGGUGAAAUCAGCUUUGACGAACGUGCAGUGCAUCGCGCGGGGCACGAAACGAAGGCAACAGCGGACAACUGUUGUCGAGUAACGUGAGAUGCGAUCGCCGUCGUUGUUUUGGAACGUUAUUCAGUGCACAUAACAAGUGACCACCUAGUCUCACAAACCAUGCGUACGACCAACGAGCGGCACCUCAGGUUGCUCGUCGAUCGUCCGAUGGAAGCUCGUCUUUCUAUCCCACAAGGACCAUGGCUGAUGUGUUUUUUUUUUUUAAUAUGUGGACGCCUAGUCGACUCUUCGUUGUCUCAGAUUGGUGCGCGGCCGAUCCAACGGUUACUAGGCAGUGCCAAUAAUUUAUAGGACACUGUGACAAGCAAAUCAUGUGACUCCUGUCCCUUUCUGUAAAGAAGCAUCACAAGGGCCCCCAGUGCAGAGAUACUGCUUCCUAAAGUGUGCUACAUCAGAGAAAAAAAAAAGUGUGUAAAUCUGCCAUAGAUCAUCUCAUCAAAUCGUGCCAAGGACUCUGCGAAAGCAUUCAUCUGGUUCCGCAUCAGUUGUUCAAACAGGUCAAUAAACUCACGAAGAAAGCUGCC